GACAUCCAUCCGCCCUCUGGAGGAGGUCCUGAUCCAAGCCUCCACGAUCUCCCUGGAGAGGUUCAGCCUGGUGGCGCCCCCUGCUGGUGGGAAGACCAGCAGCCUGUCGUCAUCAGAGGACAGUGACGAAGAGGGAGCAGCAGAGACCUCUUGCAAGGGCUCAUCAGGAGCAGGAUACACUCAGCGGGUCAACCCCACCCCCAUCUCCUCCUCACCAUUACCUUCCUCCAAACCUCCUCGUGAACCUGACGCUCAGAAUCAGUUCAGAACUGAAGCAAGCAGUUGGAGCUCCAACACCUCCUCCAGAGGGAGAAGUGAGGAGGAGGAGGAGGGAGAGAUGGUUGAUCUGGAUGUCAACCUCCUCACAUUGACUUUCGACCAUCAGGAAGAGGAGGAGGAGGAGGAUUCUUCCUCCAAUGCUUCAGAUGAGUGCAACACUCCUGAUCCUUCAGUCAUUACACUGUUUCCUGCUGGAGUCUCCUGCUGGACCGCUGAAGAAGAGGAGGAACCAGAGGAGGACUGUGGGUACAUGGGACGGGGUGUUCGUCUUUAAUGCUCACACUGUCACAUUUAUAAUGUGCAAAGGUUUUCAGCCACUCCUCCACUUUUUAUAUGGGAGCAGAUUCCUAAAAACAAAUAAAAGAUUAAACAAA